AUUGCCGCUGUCUUCUCCCCAACCCACCCAUCUAGUUUCAGCACUGCACAACCGGAAGCUUCUGUUUGAAUGUGUCAUCAUGUAGCUCCAAUCUAAAGUUGCAAUGUCCGAUGCCAGCCGUCUGAAAUACAGCUGUCUGUAAACAGAAGAAUACUACGAAUAUGUAGCAGACUGGAUAAAAGACAUCUUCAUACCAUCAGAAGCGAUAAUCGAUUGAUAUUUUACACCGUCGUACAUUUCCCUAGAGAGUGAUGCCGGCAGCGUCGAGCAAUGACUGCCCACACUUGGAGUGUGUGGGGGAGAUUACUAAAGAGGAGCUCAUCCAGAAGUCUCAUGGCCAGUGUCAGGACUGUAAAGUAGGGGGACCAAACCUUUGGGCCUGUCUAGAGAAUGGCUGUUCUUAUGUUGGCUGUGGGGAGUCACAUGCAGACCACAGCACCGUCCACUCACAGGAGACAAGACACAACCUGACGGUGAAUCUGACCACUUUGAGAGUGUGGUGCUACACCUGCACCAAAGAGGUUUUUCUGGAUAGGAAACUGGGUCCCCACGCACAGCUACCCAGCACUGCCAAGUCCAUUUCUCCUGUACAGAGCCCCAGCCAGGAACCCAAAGCUCCAAGCAGCCCCACCUCUUUGAGAGUUUCUUCAGCUGGAGCCUGUGAUGACCUGGACAUGGAGACUGAAGAGGAGGAUGAACUAAAGACCAGAGGUCUGACUGGACUGAAGAACAUUGGUAAUACGUGCUACAUGAAUGCAGCGCUUCAGGCACUUUCCAACUGUCCUCCCUUGACUCAGUUUUUCCUGGACUGUGGUGGUCUGGUAAAGACAGACAAGAAGCCAGCGCUAUGCAAGAGCUAUCAAAAACUCAUCACAGACCUGUGGCACAAAAACAGGAACUCCUAUGUUGUCCCGACAAAUCUCUUUCAGGGCAUCAAGGCUGUAAACCCAAUGUUUCGUGGUUAUUCCCAACAGGACUCUCAGGAGUUUCUGCGGUGUCUGAUGGACCAACUCCACGAGGAGCUGAAGGAGAUCCUUCCUGAACCCGAGGACUCCAACCAGACUGUGGACAUGGACGACAGUCCCGACGAGGACAGCCACAGCCAAUCAGACGACUUCCAGUCUUGCGAGUCGUGCGGCAGCAGCGAUCGGGCUGAUAAUGAAAGCACCAGAGUCCCAGAGGACAUCAAUGAGGCGGAGAUGCUGAUCUCGGAGCAGAACCAGAACAACAAAGAUUGGCAGAAAGAGAAGAAUCUCAUCAACAACCUUUAUCGUGCUGGUUCCCAUGGCGACCUGGAUAAGGAUGUGGACACGGCCAGCGAGAUAAAGCCAAUCAUCAGCAGCCAAGGAGCCAUUAAAGCUCAGUGCCGAACAACAGGUGAACGCAAAGACAUCUCUAACCAGUUAGCUUUAAGAAAACCUUGCCAUAACCAAUUUUAUGUGCACUUCAAGAAAAGUUGCUGCAAAUGUCGAGCAGUUCAGUCACAUGAUGUUAAAGACUCAAACCCUGACAUCCAUGUCAGCAGUAGCGGCCGAUCCCAGAAUCCCAGUGCGAAUGAAGGCUUCUCAUCCAGACUGUCUAGCAGUCCGCCGAAAUCCUCCAUGUGGCCUAACCUGAGCUCUGCUCACAAAAAAGUGCCCUCGUUUACUCCGCCAAAGAGUAAGCGGCAGAGGAAAUAUCGCAGUAUCAUCUCUGAUGUGUUCGAUGGCACCAUUGUCAGCUCUGUUCAGUGCCUGACCUGUGACAGGGUUUCAGUGACUUUGGAGAACUUCCAGGACAUCUCUCUGCCCAUCCCGGGGAAAGAGGAUCUUGCCAAGCUUCACUCUUCCUCCCACCAGACGGCUCUGGUAAAAGCUGGGUCUUGUGGAGAAGCCUACGCCCCUCAGGGCUGGAUCUCCUUCGUCAUGGAAUAUAUCAAGAGCUGGUUCUGGGGGCCUGUUGUCACGCUGCAGGACUGUCUGGCAGCCUUUUUUGCCAGGGAUGAGCUAAAAGGAGACAACAUGUACAGCUGCGAAAAAUGCAAAAAGUUAAGAAAUGGGGUCAAAUUCUGCAAAGUACAAAGUUUGCCGGAGAUUUUGUGCAUUCACCUCAAGCGCUUCAGACAUGAACUUAUGUUCUCCACCAAAAUCGGCACUCAUGUGUCCUUCCCCUUGGAAGGCCUAGAAAUGCAGCCCUUCCUGGCCAAGGACAGCUCCGCCCAGACCACAACCUAUGACCUGCUGUCAGUCAUCUGUCAUCAUGGCACUGCCAGCAGUGGCCACUAUAUUGCUUAUUGCCGGAACGAAAUGAACCAGCAGUGGUAUGAGUUUGAUGACCAGAGCGUUACUGAAGUAUCAGAGUCCUGUGUGCAAAACGCUGAGGCAUAUGUGCUCUUUUACAAGAAGAGUAAUGAUGAGUCUCAGAAGGAAAGGAGGAAGGUGAAUGGUCUGCUCAACAUGAUGGAAUCCAGCCUCCUGCAAUUUUACAUCUCACGUCAGUGGCUCAACAAGUUCAAAACCUUCGCUGAGCCAGGACCCAUCUCUAACAAUGAUUUCCUGUGUGCCCAUGGAGGUGUCCCACCGAAUAAAGCCACAUCCAUUGAUGAUCUUGUCACGGUGCUUCCGCAAAACGUAUGGGAUCAUCUGUAUAGCAGGUAUGGAGGUGGCCCAGCUGUCAAUCAUUUAUACGUCUGCCACACGUGCCAGACAGAGAUUGAGAAGCUGGAAAAACGACGCAAGAAUGAGCUGGACAUGUUUGUGCGGCUCAACAAGGCAUUUCAGGAGGAGGAGUCACCUGUAGUGAUAUACUGUAUCAGCAUGCAGUGGUUUCGGGAAUGGGAGGGCUUUGUCAAAGGCAAGGACAUUGAUCCACCAGGGCCAAUUGAUAACUCCAAGAUUGCUAUGAAUAAAAACGGACACAUUACAUUAAAGCCAGGUGCCGAUUCAGGGCAGAUAUCUGAGGAAACCUGGAAUUUUCUCCAUUCCAUCCAUGGAGGGGGGCCGGUGGUGACUGUGCGGCCCAGCGUUAGCCAUCAGGAGACGGAGAACUCUCAUGCAGAGGAGAAGAUUGAAGUGGAGACACGCUCAGUGUAGUUUUUCUGAGUUGCAUCCGCAAGGGGACCGAAAAACACUUAGUUUGCACUUCACCUUUGUUUUUUUUUAGGCAUUUGAGAAAGGACCUUGCAGCUUCACCUCAAUACACACGUAUGCACACACCGUUCCUACACUAUCUCUUCCCUUUAUGACUGUUCUUUAUAGCAGGCAGGUGGAUUAAACGUACUUCAUUGUGCUUUACAUUUGUAUAUACUACUGUGCAUAUUGACGUCCUAUUGGCAACAGACAUACUAGCACAUUUUCACAGCUUGUUAAUGUAUUUGAUUUUCAUGUGCGACAGCUUCUUGGGUUAAUCCUUUCUCUAAAACCAAAUAGCUUGUUAUGUGUGUAUAUCAAAAAAGGUGAAGGAUUCCACUGCAUCUUUGUGUAGAUAUCGUCAAGGUUACUCCUCAUUUCAGAACAUCAAAUAUGUUGUCUUAGUGGAUGAUAUGUUUUGUAUGAGGGUAUGAAGGGAUACAAAAUGCUACGUAGUCUCAGGAAAGAACUUUUUUGGUUGUUUUGCACUGUACUGUAGAUUCAAAAGCGUGCAUGCUUCAGCUCUGAUGUUUGAUAUGUAUUUGAAUGUACUUGUACUUAAAGAACACACUUUCCUGCACUAAAUGUUAUUUAUUCCAGAGGGGUAUUAUAUCCCAACAUUCACAGACAUUUUCUUUGUUAGAAAAUGAUUUGGCAAGCUAUUUCUAAGCAAAUGCACGCUAAUAGGAAUGAUGUGGCACAUUAUGCUGGCAAGAAAAUCGAUUUCAUACUGUAGUUGUGCUACCUGUUUGCAUGUAGAUGCAAUACUGAGGCACACAAUUGAGAAAAUCAGUGGCUGUCUUGUUUAAAAUGUUGAAUGGAAGGACAAACGUGGCUCAGUUAAAUACUGCUGCAUCAAAUGUGUAGAUUUAAGGCAUUAUUUAAUGUAUAGAAGAAUGUGAUGUCGUUUUUUGAUAAUAAUUGUCUGCAAAGGUGAAAGCUGUAUCUCAGUGGCUAACAUUAAACCCAAAACUUAUGCUGUGGAAA